AUGGCGAGGCAGACUGAAGUCUCUGGCAGUUACGCUAAUGACAUCUUUGAUCGGCACAAGGCCCGAUUAGUUGUUCAAGGUUAUGCUCAGGAGCAUGACAUUGAUUAUGAUGAAACUUUUGCUCCUGUUAUUAAGAUGACAACUAUUCGUACUCUUAUUGCACUUGCAUCUAUUCGCUUCAUUCAAAGUAAACAUGAUAAGUCAAUGUUUAUUCGUACCACAAAGCAUGGUAUUUGUGUUAUUUUAUUACAUGUUGAUGAUAUUCUUAUUUCUGUUAAUGAUUUCACUUCCAUCAAGGAUGUGAAGCUACGAUUGCAAGAAUACUUUCAAAUGAAGGACCUUAGGGAAGCGUCUGAUUUUCUUGGCCUUGAGAUCUCUUGCUCUAAACGUGGUAUUUAUAUCUAUCAACAGAAGUAUGCACUUGAUCUUGUUUCUAGUAUUCAAUUGAAUGAUGUGAAAGUUGUUGAUACACCCAUCGAACUCAAUGUUAAACUUUCUGUACAUGUUGGAGAUCCUCUCCUUGAGCCUACUAUGUAUUGCAAACUUGUAGGCUUCCUCAUCUAUCUCACUAUGACUCGUUUAGAUAUUGCAUAUAUUGUCCAUAUUGUGAGCCAAUUUAUUUCAGAUCCUCGAUGA